AUGACUGCAAGGGAACCUAGAGGAUUUGGGUUCAUCCAAUACUUUGAUACUGAGGAUGCUUCUGAUGCAAAGUACCAUAUGGAUGGGAAGAUGCUGCUUGGAAGGGAAAUUGUUGUUGUUUUUGCAGAGGAAAACUGGAAGAAGCCUUUUGACAUGAGAGCCAGGGAAAAAAUAAGUGGCAGAGGCCGUUCUUAUGAUGGGAGGUUGCACUCAAGAUCACCUGGGUUGAACGAUUCUCCUAGGGGUAGAUCACGGUCCCAAAGCCGAAGCUACUCGCCAACACUUAAGCAAAAGCACUAUUCAAGGUCCCCGGCUCCUCGACCUCGGGAGAGAUCUUUGUCGCGUUCCCCAGCUGUCAACAGAUCAAGGAGUGCAAGCCCCAUUGUUAGCAGGUCUCCUCGUAGACAGGGGUCUCUCUCUGUUAGCGAGUGAGGUAUCUCAAGGCUCUGUGUGACUAUCUU